GUCGGACAGGAGCAGGGCAGGAGUGGGGCCGUACUAAAGACUGUGCACCAGGACUGUCUCUUCAUUUGGGUCCUAGUCCUGAAGCCUACCUGAUUCGGACCAUGGGACUAUCUUUAGUGUACCUGUGCGGAGUGCUAGCCUUGAUCUGUGGCACCCAGGCCACCUACUCCUCUCACUCAUUGCGGUGUGACUGCAGGGGGCACUCUCAGUACUGCCUGCGUGAUGCCUUAGGACUGCGCUGUGUGAACUGUCAAGGCAAUACAGAGGGCCGCAACUGUGAGCGCUGUCGAGCAGGUUUCUACCUCCAGGAGAACCAGAGGAGCUGCUCACCUUGCUUCUGCCACCCAGCAGGUUCUGUGAGCUCUCAGUGUGACAGCAGGGGUCAUUGUAGCUGUAAACAGGGAUUCACUGGAGACAAGUGUGAGCUCUGUGAAGAUGGACAGAAGAUCGGAGCAGACGGGUGCACACGCAGUCGUCAGCAAAGACAGGAUUCUGGGAGUUGGAGUCCUUCUUGCUUCUGCUUCGGUCACAGCUCUGAGUGCUCCGUACAGCCGGGAUACCACGUCUACAACAUCAGCUCCACCUUCUCUGACGGUCUGGACGGCUGGAGGGCUGCCACAUUGGACGGACUCACCCCGAGGAAUGUGUACUUCCGCUGGUCACCGAGACACGGAGAUGUUGAGGUCAUCUCCUCCAACAGCCAGCCUGUCUAUCUUUAUGCACCAGCCCGUUUCCUUGGUGACCAGUUGAACAGUUAUGGACAGAACAUGUCCUUCUCUCUGCGUUUGGACAGAGGAGUGAGACACCCAUCACUCAGCGACAUCAUCCUCGAGGGGGCGGGCCUUAGUGUAUCUACUUCGUUAGGAGACAUGAGACACAGCGUCCCCUGUGGACAGAAGAUACAUUACACUUUCAGGCUGGAGGAGAGUCUCUGGAGUCCUCAGCUCAGCUCCUUCUCCUUCCAGACUCUGCUGCAGAACCUGACGGCCAUCAAGAUCAGGGCCACCUUCGGACACAACGGUCGGGGGUACCUGGAUAAUGUGACCCUGGUGUCUGCCCGUCCCGGCCUGGGUGCAGUGCCUGCAGGGUGGGUGCGGAGCUGCCGAUGCCCCCCUGGUAUGGAGGGGGCACAGUGUGAGCGCUGUGCAGCCGGGUACAGGCGCUCGGAGCCCAGCCGCGGGGCCUUCAGUGCCUGUGAGCCGUGCCAGUGUCCCAAAGGCAGCUGUGAUGCUCAGACCGGAGAGUGUCUGUCCUCUGACGACAACAACCAGGGCUGCUCCACCGGAUACUCAGGUCCUGGUUGUACAGAGUGUGCAGAGGGCUUUUAUAGGGAGACAGUGCGAGGAGACGGCUUCCCUGCUCCAUGUCAGCCUUGUGCCUGUGACCGACAGGGGGCAGUCUCCCCUCAGUGUGACUCCUCUGGGACCUGUGUGUGCAGACCUGGGUUUGAGGGGCCGAAGUGUACCAACUCUGAGUGCCCGUCCUGCUUCAGCCCUGUCACUGCACGGUUGUAUCAGUUUGCACUGAAAGUGCAGGAGCUCCAGUCCCUGUUCUCUGGUCCAAACCAGGGCCUGGCUCAUGCUGAGGCCAUGGAGGCAGCGCUCCGAUCCGCCCAAAGGCAGUUAGAGGAACUGCAGGACGACCACCAGUUAGCGAAAGAUGCAGAGAGGCGUCUGGACAAGCGUCUGACCUCCCUGGGCACAGAGCAGCAGAGCCUGGGACAGGACCUGUCCCGAGUGUCCCUCAGUGUGCAGGAUGUCCAGGACAGACAGGAGACAUAUGGAGAUAAAGUGGACACCAUAGAGGACAUGAUAGUGGAUAUGAAGAGGCUACUCCAGCAGGCCCAGAGCAAACUCACAGCUGUGGAGCGCCCUCAGGCGGACUCUCCCUCAGACUACUCUUCAGACUCUCCCUCAGACUACCCCUCAGACUCUCCCUCGGAAACAAACCCAUUCUCCCCUCUGCUCCAGAAGGCUCUGGACCUGCUCCAGAUUCACCAGUCAGACGCCUCAUCCAUUGCAGAGGAUUCUUCUGGAGCUCUGAAGGACUCAGAGCAGAGUGCGGCCCUGCUCCAGACCAUGCUGGACCGAGAGGGGAAUGUCCAGAAGAUCACCCAGAACCUCCAGAACUCGUUUGACCAGAUCUCUUCUGAGGUGAAGACCCUGGAAACACAGGCUCCUCAGAUCAGCUCUAAUGCUAGAGACCAGAGCAAGAAGGCCGCCACUCUCCUGCAGGACAUCCUGAAGACAGAGAAGCAGCUGCCUGCACCAUUUAAGGUGGAUGACAUGUUGUCCAAGUUGGACGUCCUAAAGACAGAUGCAGAUGGGAGCCUGAAGGAUCUCGAUACACUUAGAGCGACAAUGGACCAAGAGCAGGCCAGAGCCAAAAAGCUACUGGACGCAGGGAAGAUUGCCCAAGAGACUUUUGAUGGACUGGUGAGCAGAGUGGACCAGGCCAAGUUGGACACAGAGGACGCACUGAGGAGGAUCAACAGCAACACUGACCAGCUGCAGGACUCACUCAACACGCUCAAAGGGUUUGAGCAGCAGAUGGAUCAAGCCAAAGCCCUAUCGGACGCUGCCAUUGGUCGACUGCCCGCCAUCGACGCCACCGUCCAAUCCGCAAAGAGAGACAAUGUCGCCACUCUGGCCCUGAUGGACGGGGUCUCGGACCAGUUGAAUCUGGCCGGAGAGACACGCGACCAGCUGAAAGACGCGAUGGACAGAGUACAGAACAUUUGGAGUUCAGUCCCUCCCACCUCUGGACUUCUGGACAAGGCUUCGCUCCUCCGUACCCAGGCUGAGCAGCUCCUGGCGGGUUCCUCCUCCACAGCAGGAGAGGUGAAGAAGGAGCUAGAUGAGGCGAGGACGCUGAACCGGGAGGCCGCUCAGGGAGCGAAGGAUGCUCAGGUAGCGCUAGAAAACACCCAGAAGAGUGGGGACGCAGUGAGGAAGACGCUACGAGACGUCCUCAACAUGAUCAACGGCCUGAAUGUGUCCGAACCCGUGGACCUGUCCCGACUGGAGAGUGUGGAGGCGUCCCUGGGGGCCGCUCAGAGGAACAUCAACCUGAAUCUGGUGCCCCGCCUGGAGCAGCUGCAGAACAAGGAGCAGGCCCACAGACGCUACCUGAUGAGCCUGGAUCGGGACAUAUCCACCAUCCUGAAGGACAUCAAGAACAUCGAGGAUAUUUUACGCUCCGUGCCCAUGGGCUGCUACAACAACGCCCCGCUGGAGGAGGCCUGAGCACACAUGCAGGUCAACCAAACGGACGCCAGAUUUGGGAUGGGAAAUAUGGCCAAAAAUCAUUUUGUUUUUCUUAGAAUCUAGGGCACAUUUUUCAGAUUUCAGAUACACUUGGUGAUUUUGUUUGUUUUCAUGUAGGAGGUAAAAAGGCUUGUUCUUAAAGUUCAUACUUCACUGUCAUUGGUUACUCCAGUGGUGGAAGAAGUACUCAAUUUUGUUACUUAAGUAAAAUACAGAUAUAGGAGCAAAAAAUGCACUCAAGUAAAAAUAUUACAUGGAAAAAUCUACUUAAGUGAAAGUAUACAGUAAAAAGUAAAAAUAUUUUGGACAGAUUUUGAAAUCUGAGAUUAAAGUGUCAAAUGUAGUGAUUUUGAUAAGAAACAGAGACUUUUUUUUUUUUUGUAUUUUGUUCCUCAAACUAUGAAUGUGUUAAAAAUAAACCAUUUCAGCAGGGCUCAAAUUAAUCAGAAAAAAUACUUAAAAAAAAGUGAAAGUACUGUACUUGCUCUUAAAUGUAGUCAAGUAAAAGUAAAAAGCAUGCACUUUCAAAUGUACUUUAGUAAAAUACCUAUUUUACUGUACAGUACUUUUACUUUUGUACUUAAUCUGUACCUGAGGAUGCAUCGAUCCAACUUUUCAGUUCCGAUACCGAUUUUGAUACUAUAUUUUUAAGCAUCUGCCGAUACCCGAUAUUAAACGAUACCAGUGCAGAGAUUAAAAAUAACAUUCAUUUCUUUUGAACAAACAUAAAAUAAGACAAACCUGAUCCAAAUGUUUUAUGUAGCUCAAGUAAUUACAGAACAACUGCAUAAAUAAAAGUUCAAACAUUAUGAGACUUUUUGGGCCAGAUACGACCAGUAAAAAGUAUUUUUACAUCAAAGUAAAUGCCCAACCAGUGUAUCAGCUGAACCAAUAUUUGGAAACCGACAUUCAAGCAAAUUUUUCAGUAUCAGCACCAAUAUCCGAUACCAGUAUUGGAUUGGUGUAUCCCUACCUAACCAUCUAAAACAUGACCAACAGGAGGAGCGAGUGUGUGGAUAGAUCUUUUAUUACAGAAAGCAUUAGUUUAGUAUUUUGAACUACUUUUAGAUAGAUAGUCUUUGUAUGUUUUCCAGUUUAGAUAAUACAUUCAUGGAAAACAAGUAAAAGUAAUACAGCCCCUAUACAGAUGCACUGAACUGCAGUGGAGCAGUUUAAAUGAGACUAAAAACAUUAGCUGCUUGGGUCAAAGUUGAGUUGCAAGCACUGAAACAAUCUGAAUGACUCUGAUGAAUGCUUAUAUAAUAUUUAUAAUCAUAUUGCCUCCACAACUCACCCUAGAAGAAACUUAAUGCAUGGAUGGAUAGAUGAAUAUUACAAUAAAAUAUUGUUAAAACUCACCUUAUUGUAAAGUACUUACAGCUAUAUCAAAAGUAAAAUAUAAAAUUCAUUUAUUAUUUAAUGUACAUUGUUUAUCUAUUUACAUGACGUAUGUUUACUGCAAAAACCUUUGUUGUUAUUGUUGUUGUUUUUUAUAAAUAUUAUUCUUUUUUUUCUUUUUUUUACUGAAUUUUGCUAUGGGACUACUGCCCUCUAGUGGCUAUACACUGUCAGUACAUGAGACGGUGUAAUUCCUCAUUCGUCCAGUAGUGGUUCAAUGUUGACCACCGUUUAAACCUUGUCAGUAAACGUAACUAUUAUCCAGUGCAAUAUUUUGGAAGAUGUUAUUUUUUAAUAGAAAAUAAAUAAAUGUCUUGUAUUCUUGUG